CCUUUCUCUUCACAAAAAAUGGCGUUCAUCAAAUCCUUUCCUGUCUUCUCCUUCCUUCUAGCUCUUGCCUUCUCUUUCACCCACGCCGCCAGGUUUGAUGUCACCAACAAAUGCCCCUACACCGUGUGGGCGGCAGCCGUGCCUGGUGGUGGCAGACAGCUGAACACCGGCCAGACAUGGAGCUUUGACGUGGCUGCCGGCACCACCGGGGCUCGCAUAUGGGCCCGAACUAACUGCAACUUUGAUGGGUCGGGUCGUGGACACUGUGAAACUGGUGAUUGUGGAGGUUUGCUCGAAUGCAAAGCCUACGGCUCGCCGCCGGACACACUUGCAGAAUUUGCCCUUAACCAAUACAAUAAUUUGGACUUCUAUGAUAUCUCAUUGGUUGACGGUUUCAAUGUUCCCAUGGACUUCAGCCCGACAUCUAAUGGGUGCAAUCGUGCCAUCCGAUGUACUGCCGACAUCAUCGGACAGUGCCCUAGCCAGUUGAAAACUCAAGGCGGUUGUAACAAUCCCUGCACUGUGUUCAAGACAGAUCAAUACUGUUGCAACUCUGGAAGCUGUGGACCCACUGAUUACUCUAAAUUCUUUAAGGAUAGGUGCCCUGAUGCUUAUAGCUAUCCUAAGGAUGAUGCUACCAGCACUUUCACUUGCCCAGGAGGAACCAACUACAGUGUUGUUUUUUGCCCUUGAAUCAAUCAGUGCUACCUAGUUUUCUUGUUCUCCAAUAACUUGAAAUAAAGGACUUCGUAACGAGACGUGUGUAAUUGUCUUUAUUAUAAUUAUAAUAAUAAAUUCUCAACCUAUA